AUGUAUGGAGGUUUUGGUUUUGGGGAAAAGAAUGAAGAAGAGGCUUCCCUUUUGGAUUUUGCUAGAGCUUUUGGAUUGUGGGUAGCAAAUUCAGGCUUCCCGGAGAAGAAGGAGCACCUUAUUACCAUUCGUAGUUCGGUGUCCAAGACUCAGAUAGACUUUUUACUCCUUAGGAAGGUUGAUAGAGCACUUUGUAAAGACUGUAAAGUCAUACCUAGCGAGAUUCUUUUGAGCCAACAUAAGCUUUUGGUGACGGAAUUGGUAAUCAAAAAAGACAAAAAUAAGAAGGUAGUGGAGGAUCGACUCAAGAUUAAGUGGGGUAGUUUGACUUUGGCCAGUGCGUUAGAAAUAGAAGAGAAGUUGAUGACUCGGGGGGCUUGGGAAAGUAGAGGGGAUGUGGAUAAGAAGAAAGGCAGGGAUAGAAAGUUGUAUAGGCUAGCUAAGGCUAGGGAACGGAAGGUGAGUGACCUUGACCAAGUGAAGUUCAUCAACGGGAAGGAUGGUAAAGUGUUGGCAGAGAAUGCCCUCACUAGGAAGAGGCGUAUCAAGGUGGACGAGGUCAAGGGAACUUUUCACAGGAUGCAUAGGGGCAUGGAAACUAGGCUAGAUGAGAUUCCAAUAGACUGUUGGAAGAGCACUGGUGGGGCAGGUUUGGAGUGGCUAACAAGAUUGUUUAACAUCAUUUUUAGGGUGACAGGUACUCGAAGCGUGGAGAUCGAGUAUGAUGGUUUCACUAUGUAA